UCGGCGCAGGUUAUCUUCGUCAUCCAACAAAAAUAUUAUAACUUAUCUAGUACAGACUAACUCUACAUCAACUGGCUUUUUAUUUGCUGUGGAAAGAUUUUGCAUACUGUGUCCAGAACGAGCGAGGCGGUACAACUAUAUAGCAUUUGAGACUAUAGGAAAUUUCAAGUGCAAUAGCCUCACUAAUUCGACUCGUGUCAGCAUGGAUACAAACUCCAAGCUGGAGGACUUAAAUUUAACACCUGAAGAAAUUGAUCGCUUCAGUAAUGCGUUUAAAGAUGAUAAUUUCAGAGAGCUCUUAAGAGAAUAUGCAGAGGAAAUAUUGGACCCGGAGAACAAGAAGAGGUAUGAAGAGGAAAUAACUCUAAUGGAGAAGGAAAGGGGUAUGGAUAUUAAGUUUGUUCAUCCCAACCCCGGACGAGUCUUGAAAACGAGCUUGGAUGGAAAGCAGAAAUGUUUCAUUAACGUUUGCAGCAACGAAUUAAUCGCCAAACCCGAAUGUAAAGUGGGGAAUGGGGCUGAUGGGAGAGUCGGCCAGCACUGGUCUUUGCCCUACAGUGUGACACCGGGAAGGCCAGACAUGGACUCCAAAGGCAAGUACAUGAUAUACGACGUUGUUUUCCAUCCCGAUACGCUUUAUAUUGCAGGGAAAAACAAGAGGUUUAUGAAGCUGGUGGACAGCACAGCAAUUCAGGGCGUUCAAAAUCAGUUUAGUGUCAAAUUAGACGAAACCAACGUAAAAGUUUUAAAUAUGAAGUACAAGGGCGUACCUAAUCCUAGUGUAAUUCGGAAGCCGAUUCCUGGUCAGCCGGCAAAGCAAACCGAUGCAGACGAUCCGCUCCGUUUUCCCUACCCUUACGACUGUACCCAAGGCGAGUCACGGAAACCGACGAAGCCGACAAAGCCUGCGAGCGACCCAGAUCUACCAAAGAAGCCAACUAUACCGCGACACACUGUUAAGUAUAGGUCGUACAUUGACCUGCAGGACUACAGGUGUUCCCGAGAUUCAGCUCCUGGCCCUCGUCCGAGGGAAAUGUUAAUCACUAUCGAUUUACCGCUGCUUAAAUCUGCCGGGGAUGCGGACUUGACUGUGACAGAGAGACGCCUGCUGUUAGAGUCCCGGCAGCCUGCUUACAGGCUGGAGCUGCCCCUGUCUUACCCCGUGGAUGAAAACAAAGGGGAGGCGAAGUUCAAUAAACUCAAGGGACAGCUUACCGUCACCCUAGCAGUAUUACCGCUGAAAACCCCUUUGAUGAAUGUUGUGGACCUGUCAGUACAGCCUGCCAGUAGUAAAGAGAGUCAGAACACAUGCAGCGUUGAUGGAGAUAAUGGGUCGACCAAAUAUGAGCACGUGGGGGGCGGUCACGCAUUGACCAAAGAACCUAAUGAACAUGAUCGUGGUCUGUUGAAAGCCGCAGUGACAUUACCUUCGCCUUUUGAAAACACUGAACUAUUGAACCCAUUAAGAAAACGGGUGUCCUCUUAUGAACCUAGAGAAAGCCUCGAAAAGACAGCUGAUGACGAGGGGGUGACUAUGGGACAAUGUCUCACGUCUUUGAGCAGAAGUGCAUCAGGUCACCAGACUCAAACUUCACUAUUUACGGAAGUGUCCGAGGCUGCCGAGGAGGAAGAUGAUGAGUCCUCGGACUCUCAGGAUUCCAGUGGCAAGGGCACAGACGCGGACCUGCACGUGCCUCUUUACCAGGACAACUGUGUACAGGUAGCGAGCCUCUCCUUUAGGACAGAGAUAGAGGAGAAGAUGUUUCUUCCCAUGCAAAGUAAUGAGCCAGUGCUAGCUGAAGACUCGCGUUUGACAUCUACUGAGGGGCGGGGCUUCCAGGAAACUCCACCCCCAGGUGAAGAGGUCUCAGUAGGCAACCAAAGUCAGCCUCUCCCCAGAAGUGAACAAGAUACAGCAAUCUCUGACACAUUGGCCCUUGUUGACGAGGGCAAAGAUGGGGAGGUAAAUUUUCAGUUCAGUAUAGAUGGAGGAGAGGUAGAAAAAGAGCAGGAGCGGGUGGAAGACGACUUACCCACUAGGCAGGGCCACCAGAGCUCUGACGACAAACCUCCAUCAGUCAUUCUUAGGGAAAUCGAUCCACGAGAUGGAAGAGUGGAAGAUGUAACCGAUCAUACCACCUCUGCUGCCUUCCGCCUCCAGAACACCUUGUUAUAUGAGCUGGACUAACGUUGGGUCUAAACAGAUCAAGCAAAGAAUGGCCAGAGAGUCACACCAUCUUACGUACCAUCAAUAAACAAUAUUGUGUUUGCAGUGGUCCUCACUUAAAGGAGUCCUACCCACAUUCUCUCGUGUUUCUCUGUCAUCCCUUCUCCCUUACUGCGACGGCCAUUCCUUACUACGGUCGGCCGUUCACUAAAUCAAACCGGGUUACGGCUGUAAUUUCAAGCCCUGCCUCUCGGGUCAUUCUGGGAUUGCAGUCUAGUUAAGUGCAACUCUCUGAAGGAACCGGGACCAGAAGAGCAUCAAUCACAGACGCGGGCUGGAUAGAAAUAUGGCGAGGGGCACAGAGAGCUUUAUUCAUAAGGUCCUUUUUCUUCUAGGGGUGAAACACUGAAAAUCUGGUGAAAAAAAACCCUGGUUGAUCAGAAAAAACGGGAAAGGGAAAAGAGAAUGGGAUUUUCCCAGAGACCCCACGCUUCACACCCACAUACGAGUCUAUAAGGCAGAAAUAAAAGAAAAAAAAAGACACAUGCAAUGAUUUCCUGAAGCAGAGGUGCACAGAAGGCACUAGGAAGAAAAUGGGCUAUUAUUAUGACUUAAUACCUUACAGCACAGCUAAGAUAUGGAGAGCUUCAAUAUUUCAUCGCUGAUAACAGCACGGCACUGGUGAAAUACUGUGCAAAUGCACCCAAUGGAUUCUACACUCUGCCCACAGACACAGUAUUACACAGCUUUCCUUAACUGCAGUUCAGAUUGCCAGCCAUGAACAUUUUUGCAGCAUUAUCUGGAAAACAGUGACGGACAUUAAACACCGUUCUUAAUUAAGAUGUAGUUCUGGUACCGUAAGGGACUAGCUGGCUUAUCCUUAUACAUCGGAGAUGAUAAAGGAGGACAAGAUCUGAUGUGAAUGUAAAUCGAAGUAGAGAAUCGUAAUAAAUGGAACAAGGUGUCUCAUGGGAGCGGGCCUCAUGUCAGCUGAUCUACGGAGCAUAAAAUCAGCGGCAUUAAUAAUACAUGCAAUGUUGGUAGCCGCAACUUCUAAAAUGUAUGGUCAGGGUACCCUAACAAGCACUGCACACACACUGCUAUAUUUGACUCUUCUUCCUGAACCUUUUUUCAACACAGACGACUUGCCAUUCAUUAU